GCGCCGGCGGUGUGCGCGUGCGCGGCCAGGCGGCUCGGGGACUGGCGGGGCGGAGGGCGACCUGCGAGCGGCGGUGGCGGCGACCCGGGCCCUCCCUGCCCGCCAUGGCCAAGCGGCUGCGGAGCAGCGACGUCUGCGCGGAUUGCAGCUCCGCCGAGCCGAGCUGGGCCUCCGUCAACCGCGGCGUCCUGCUGUGCGAUGAGUGCUGCAGCGUCCACCGCAGCCUCGGCCGCCACAUCUCCCAGGUGCGGCACCUGAAGCACACGCCCUGGCCCGCCACGCUCCUGCAGAUGGUGGAAACCUUAUACAACAACGGCGCUAAUUCCAUCUGGGAGCAUUCGCUGCUGGACCCGGCCUCGGUCAUGAGCGGACGACGCAAAGCAAACCCUCAGGACAAAGUGCACCCCAACAAGGCGGAAUUCAUUCGGGCGAAAUACCAGAUGCUGGCCUUCGUUCAUCGUUUGCCAUGCCGGGACGACGACAGUGUGACCGCCAAAGACCUCAGCAAGCAACUCCACUCCAGCGUCAGGACGGGCAACCUGGAGACCUGCCUGAGGCUUCUCUCGCUGGGGGCCCAGGCCAACUUCUUCCACCCGGAAAAAGGGAACACCCCGCUUCACGUCGCUGCCAAGACGGGGCAGGUUUUGCAAGCUGAGUUGUUGGCUGUGUACGGGGCUGAUCCUGGCACCCCAGACUCGUGCGGGAAGACACCAGUGGAUUAUGCAAGGCAAGGAGGCCACCAUGAGCUGGCCGAGCGCCUGGUGGAAGUACAGUAUGAACUCACCGAUCGGCUGGCCUUCUAUCUCUGUGGCAGAAAACCAGAUCACAAAGGCAGGCAGCAUUUUAUUAUACCUCAGAUGGCAGACAGCAGCUUAGAUGUCUCGGCGUUGGCCAAAGCAGCCAGGAAGAAGCUUCAGCUGUUGAGCAAUCACCUGUUCGAAGAGCUGGCCAUGGACGUCUAUGACGAGGUGGACAGGCGGGAGACGGACGCAGUGUGGCUUGCGACCCAGAACCAUAGCACUCUGGUCACCGAGACAACCGUGGUCCCUUUCCUUCCUGUCAACCCGGAGUACUCCUCAACCAGGAACCAGGGAAGGCAGAAGCUGGCCCGCUUUAAUGCCCACGAGUUUGCCACGCUCGUCAUUGACAUCCUGGGGGAUGCCAAGCGAAGGCAGCAGGGCAACCCUAUUCCAAGUGCCACAGAAAACGUGGAGCUGAUCCUCAGGGCGGUCAGCAGCCAGCAGGGCCCGGGGGGUCACGAGGCCGACCAGCCCGACUACGACAGCGUUGCCUCCGAUGAAGAAGGCGACCUGGGAAGCAGUCCAGGGAAGGCCUCUCGGCAGAAGAGCCUGGACUCCGACUUGUCUGACGGCCCCGUCACUGCCCAGGAAUACCUGCAGGUGAAAAAGGCCCUGGUGGCUUCGGAGGCGAAAAUCCAGCAGCUUUUGAAGGUGAACGUCAACUUGAGCGAUGAGCUGAGGACCAUGCAGAAGAAGCUUCAGAGCCUGCAGAGCGAAAACACCAGCCUCCGACGGCAGGGCCCCCCCAACCCCCACCCAGCUCCGGCUGGGCCCGAGUACGCAGACACGGCCUCCGUUCGGCGCCCCUCCUUGCGCAGCAGCCGGCCCAUGUCGAUGUACGAGACGGGGUCCGCCCAGAAGCCCUACCUGCCCCUCACCGAAGCCGCCUACCCCGAGGAGCACAUCGGGCCCCGGCUGCAGCUCUUCCACAUGUCCCGGCUGGAGAAGCAGAGCAGCUUGCCCCAGGGGGAUUACGACAACACCACCCCUGCUCUGGAGCUGGACGAGACGGGGCUCAUCCGGAAGGCAAGGCAGCGGAGCGGCCCCGGGCCAGAGGGCAAGGACCCCGAGGCCUACCCCAGCCUCAGCUUCCCCAGCACAGAGGACGUGAUUCGGAAGACGGAGCAGAUCACCAAGAACAUCCAGGAGCUGCUGAGGGCGGCUCAGGAGAGCAAGCACGAGAGCUACGUCCCCUGCUCGGAGAGGAUCCACCUGGCUGUCACCGAGAUGGCAGCCCUCUUUCCGAAAAAGCCGCCGUCGGAGCUGGUGCGCACCCCGCUGCGGCUGCUGACCUCCAGUGCCUUCCGCCUGCACUCCGAGUGCGCCAAGGCCCUCCCGCCCGAGUCUUGCUCCACGGCCGACGUCCAGCUGGUCACCCAGCAGGUCAUCCAGUGCGCCUACGACAUCGCCAAGGCCGCCAAGCAGCUGGUCACCAUCACAACCAAAGAGAACGCCAAUUGAGCAGCCUCUGGCACAGCCUUUGCCGUCGCCUUGGAAACCCAUGUUCAGGUUUUCAGGGGAAGCUCUUUUUACAGGAAUAUUUAAAGCGGUGCGUUACCAUUUUUUUUAAAGGAAACUCAGUAUUAAAUUUUGUGCAUGUUUUUUUUUCUAAGAAGACUUUUUCCCAGGAUUGCCAAAAUCCACUGCCUUAUUUGGUGCUCUGUAUUUGCCGGCCUCGAGCGCCCAUGCAGGGAGUCUGCCUGGAGUCAACCAUCCCAUCACCAGCUGACGGGACUGUUUUGCUGUUGCGAGGAGCGGAGUUUGAAUCCUGCACUCUCUGUAGCCCCCGCUGGGAACUGGGACGCCCAGAGCGGGACCCAGGGAGCUGCCCUGGAAUCCUGCUGUGCAGCUGCUUGGCACCAUUGAACCACUAGAGAGCAACCUCUUGAGAUACAGGGGCUGGUCAAAAGGACACCCCACUUUCCUGCUCGGUCUGCCUGGGGCCCCAAAGCCGCCCCCCACCCACCCCCCAGCCACAAGAGCAGGAGGUGCUUGUAGAGGAAGGAGCGGCCUCCCUCCCUCUGCCCCUCCCCAGGCGGCUCCUCAUGCUGGGUUUUCUGGAAAGCUUUUUUGGCCUUUUUAUUUUUGGAAUCCCCUGCCUUUACAAAUACGGACGCAUGAGGGCCUUUCCCAGAGUGCAUGCGGAAGGUCUGGCCAGGAAAGGGGGCCCAACACCCGGCCACCCCACUGGCAGUUGGGAGUGUGUCAGGGAGGGGGAGCUUGUGCUGGCUUCCCCUCCUCCCCCAGGCCCCCUGCGUCUGCCGCCCCCUCCCCGCCUGUUACAGCCCAGGAGGCCUCUCUCCGUGAAGAAGUAUGAAGAAAGCACACGGCCAAGGCACAAGGGCCAGUCAAUGCAAAAAACAAGAUUUUGGGGGAGAAGGUAGAGGGUUCGGAAGGUCGGGGGUAGCUUCCCCAUUGCACAUCCCCGAGUCGGUGCAAGUUGAAAGCUUCCAAGCAAAGGCAGCAGCUGGGCCAAAGGCCGGCCAGCUGCCGCCUCACCUCCCAGAAUGGGGUGAGCAGCCAACAGGCCUUUCCCAUCCAUUUCAUGGGCUGACCUGCCGCUGCCCCUUAGGACUCUCCUGCAGCCGGAGAGUAGCGGGCGGGCAGCUGCCCCCGGCCUGGCUUGCUCAGGACCCCCUGCAAGACUGGGGGGGGGGGGGCACCACCUGCUUUGCAGCUGUAGAGACAGACUCCCCACCUGCAUUUUAAAGCCACAACUAAGUGAAGACUCUGGUGUGUGUGUGUGUGUGUGUAUGUAUGUGUGUAUAAAAUACCCUGCUAGUGUGUGCAUAUGUAAAUCUUACAUGUAUAAAAACCAAGUGCCAU